CUGGUAGAUCUAGACUAAAUUGUCGUCAAACUGAUUAUUAAUUGUGUUUCGGGUGAUUCAUGAGUCAUUAUUUGUUGACGAAAAGUGAUUUUAAGAACAGUUUUACGGAUUAUAACGGUUUGGUAUAUAUUAUCAUAAUGGAGUAAUUAUAAUUAAGCCUAUGAGCAUUAGGCUGCUGGUGAAGUUGUAAACAGUAUGGAAAUGGGAUUAAAGGCUGGUAUGGAACCUGAUGAAGUAACUAUAGUGGUUCAUGGUGCUAGAGGUCUACAAGGUAAAAAACCAGGAAGACACAAGUAUUCUGUAAUUUUUGGUGUUGGUACAAAGAAAUUCCGUACAGCCGUAGUUAAAGAUGCUACUGGAUCACCUGAUUGGAAUGAAGAGAGUGCCAUCCAUGUUGGUCAUGCCACAGAUCAUGUUUUUUUUACCGUUAUGGAAAAAGAUGAUGUCCUUGGACAAGUUGUUAUUCCGGCCUUAUCUUUACAAAGCAUAAAGGGACAAGUUAAAAAGAUCGGCCUUAAACCACAUAAAAAAUGUAUGAACCCGAAAGGUGAUUUAAUAUAUCAGUGUUAUGUAUCUAAAUAUAGGCCAGCAACAUCAACACCCAUCAUUAAAAGUAGUACACCCAUGAGAUCGGGAGGAGGCGGAGCCCAUCUGACAGGUUUCGCGCGCUUAAAGAGUAACCUGACACCAUCACCUAUUAGCAACGGAAAAGACUCAAAUAAACGUGAAAAUCGCAGCUCACUGGCAACAUUUAAUAAAAAGCUCUCCCGUUCAAUUCACAAUAUAUUUAAUUUUUCUAAAUCGAGUGAUGAAAAAAAUGACGACGAUGAAGAUAACGAUCAUUCGAGUAAUAAACCGUUUUCAAAAUUCGCAGCAAAAUUUCGCAGCACUAAUAAUCUGGAUGACAUGGCUCAAACUCCAGUUAUCACAAACGUCAUUCCGAAUAUUGGCACGGUGAAGGGGGGUACGAGAAUUAUAAUAGAAGGACGUAAUUUAGGAUUAGGUAAAUCAGAUAUCGUUGAGUUAAUGUUAUGUGGUAGUGAUAUAUUAGACACAGUGGAGUAUGAAUCUUCUAACUGUAUUGUGUGUACGACGAAGGAAUGGGAGGCAGGAAAAGGUGAUAUAUGGUACGAAACUGUGUCUGGUGGCCAAACGGUGGUCAAAAACUUUUUCACUUUUGUUGAUUCUUCAUCUAAAAAUAGUGCACCUACACCAGUUAUAAUGAAAAUAUCAGAUUCCUCAUCGGAAAACAAUGACGACGCUAGUACUGGAAUUGACAGUCGGAACACUUCAGUUGCUGGAGAUGAUGAAAUGCUUUCAGCCGUUACACCUGAGAAAAAUAAUAUCAAUUCUGUUCCACCUAGUCCAUGUCCACCAAGAACACCUUCAAACCAACAUAAACUGGAGCAGAUAAGUGAAACGAGUGAAGUAUCCCGGUGGUCUUUAGUGAAAAAACGCAUGUUACCCGAUUCGAUGAAAACUAAAUCAUUAGGUCGAGUACAGAGUAAUGAAGGUAUAGAAGGACGAUAUAAGAAGAAUUUUAUGAAACAUGUAAGACGAGCUAGUGAAUCUAUAGUAGCUGAACAAGAAGGUUUAUCACGAGAAGAUGUUGAUAGACAUAGUAUAACAAAGAAAGAACUACAAGCUGAAGUUAUACGUUUGUAUAAUGAAAAUCAAUCAUUAAAGAAUGAGAAUGCUGAUAUGAAAGGCUACAUUGAUCGACUUAUAGCCAAGGUUAUCCAGCAUUGUCCUGAUGCCUUAGAAACGGUGUAAAUAUUUCCAGUGUAUUGAUUUAUAGGUAGUUAGUUUGUCUAUAAAUGUUAUUUGUUAUUUAUGAUACAAGUCAAACACAUGGUUUAUUUGAUUAUGUAUCUGUUAUAAAUUAUCAUGUCAAAUAUUUAAAUUUAUGAAGUUAGGCAAUUUGAGAAAAUAUGACUAUGACAUCACACCACGUAACAUCUGAGUAUCUGGAUGAGAUAUUGUGACACAUCUGUCACUGAUUGUAUUAUUUGCAUGAAAAUUCUAUUUGUACCUUUUGUACCUUUUACUUAGAAACUUGGAUGUUUUGUAAAAUAAUGUAGUCUUUGUACAUUUACUUAAUUAAUAUUACAUUUGUGUUGUUUGUGAUAGAAAUAAGCCAUAUCAAUUACUAAAUAGAAACUAGUCCAUAACUAACUUCUUACUAAACCUUCUUCUAAUAUUCUUCAUUUUGAUAAGUAAAAAACUAGCUUAUAUUAUUAAAGUAAGAAAAACUAGCUUAUUUUUAUUAUAGUAAGAAAACCAGCGUAUUUAAGUAAGAAAAACUACAUGUAGCUUAUUUAAGUAAGAAAAACUAACUUAUUUAAGUAAGAAAAAUUACAAGUUUAUGUAGCUUAUUUAAGUAAGAAAAAGUAGCUUAUCUAUGUAAGAAAAACUAGCCUAUUUAUGUAAGAAAGACAACUAGCUUAUUUAAUUAAAAAACUACCUUUUUUUAAAAAAGAUGAAUCUCUUGUGGAUGAUUUCACUUUUUCCAUUGAAUCUGACAGGAUUGCCGAAAGGUAGCAAUUUCUAAACUUUAAUGAAUGUUCAUCUUCACAUUGUCAUGGUAUGGCAUACCCUAGACUGCCAUAGAGCUGUUGGCAACAAUGUUGGUCUGAGAGUUUCAUACUGCAGGUUAUAUUCAUCACUGGCUGUGCACGUUCAAAGUCACAGUUUGUUAUUAGACUGUAAUAUUAUGUUCCACACUAGACAGUUGUAGGUAGCUGGUAUAUGAACUGUAAAAUUAUAAUUAGUCUUACAUAGUACAUUGCCAGAUAUCAUAUAAAUAAGUGUAUUGGUCACAUGUGAUCUAGGGGGUUGAGAUGGCCUAGUGGUGUAGAGUGUCAGGCUCUAGCAGGUCUGGUCAUCUCUCGCUUGCGGUCGUGAUUUCGAUCCCAGGUCUGAGUAUAUGUGACUUAGAGAAAGGGGCACCUUCUCAACCUCGUGGGUUUACUCCGGUUUCCUCCCACAGGAAAGACCCCUACGUGUGCGCUAAGAUAAUGAAACUAAUACAACUUGUCUGAAAUAUCACCCUUGGUGGAAGCAGAUGUUAAACGCUAAUAAAAGAAGAACAUUAUUGGAACCCCUAGAGCAACCAUUUUUCAUACUAUUUCUAAUACAGCUGAAAGACAUUUAUUUUAUUAUUUUAAAAUAUUGUAUAGUCAUAAACCAUAUUAUUCUGUGGGGAUAUUCUUAGGUUGUUACUUUAUUAUUUUAGAUCAUUUUCAAUGACUUUUUGUUUUUCUUUUUUUAAUUCACACCAAUUCGAAGUGUUGUUAACUUAAUUCCAUACCCAGCUCAAAUCAAAAGCUUUCUAUCAAAAUAUAAUAUCUACCAUUUGUAAAAGUUAGGUUGUUAGCAUUUAAAUACGAUGAAUCAGAUCUGAAGUACAUGAACGUGUAUUAUAUUGAUAUUAAUAAUAAUACAACCUGUUUUUUUACUGGUUGUUAUAUGAUUGUAGAUUUCAUAUGUUUGAUAUUCUAUUCAACAUAAUUUAAUCGUUUGAAGAUCUCAAACUAGAAAUUGUCCGUUUUUAAGAUGUCUAUCACAAGUAUGUAUUAUUUUGAAACGAUUUUCCCUCCAUUUUAUAAUGUUUUUUUCAGAAUCACUUUGAGUGAUAUUUUUCAUUUUUGAAAAUCACAUUUUUCAUUUAAAUUUGUACUUUGUAAUUAUAUAUAUACUUCUAGCAGUUGUCAUUAUGUUGUAGUGUUUCUACCAGUAUAUUAAAUAAUUGUUAAUAAGCCAUAAACAGCAAGUUUAUUAUACAGUUCUUGAAAUUGUUUUCAGAUUAUUCAAAUUAUACAAGAAAAAGUCAGUAUUUAACCAGUGUAUAAACUAGUGAAUUUUAUACUCAUUGAUUAUAAUGUAUGCAGUAUAAUAAAUGUGAUAGUUCACACUGUCUUCCACAUUUAUAUAAAUACAACGCUGAUUAGUCAUGACAACCUCAUCAUGUCAUGAUAAUCAUAGUAGUCACAGCACCAAAUAGUCAUGGUAACAAGAAAUCUUUGAAGAUGCAUUAUGCAAGAGAUAAAUUUGCUUAUUGCAGGGCGUUUUUGUAGCUUCUAAUGUUAUAUAAUUUAAAUUUAUUCAAACGACGAGCCCAUAAUCAACUGUCUAGGCCAUCAGAUGACUGAGAUAUUGAGUAGAUUAGACAAUGUCUGUCAUUUUAUCAUCGCCAUUGCACAUUAAAAUGGCUGAAAAUCGCGACUUUGUUUAUUAUUAUGGCAACGUAACCUGACAAUUGAGGCUACAUUUAAGACCUCAAACAAUUAUAACUUGGCCAAGAAUAAAGUUAUUCGACUGAAAUUUUCAAUACAUUCAUUAUUCAUUAUCUAUUUCAAAACUGCAGCUCUUUAUCUAAAUCAUACAUAAUGCAUCUUUAAUAUUAGCCACCACCAAACCUGAAUUAAUGUAUUAUACUUAUGAAAACAUAGAAAUGUUUUUAGAAAUGAUGUUCUUUGAACUUGAGGUUUGUUAUAUCUUUAAAUGAUUAUUUAUAACUAAAUUGUUACCUUUUUAAACACGUACUAUUAUUAUGAAAUUUUUGUAUAUAAAUUGUAUCUUGCUAGCUAUUGUGUUGUUGGUUUGUUUUGUGUACUGAUAUUAGUAUUUAAUUAUUUUAUAUUUAAUGUAUUAUUGCUGUAUGUCUACUUACAUGUAAUACUAACCUAGAUCGUGUAUAUCUACUUCUAAAUAUUUUAUCAAAAAAAUAUUCAACUAUUUCUAUUCAUUGUACUUUUGCUGAUUUUCAGUUAACAUUUAGUUAUUCUUGUCAAUAGAAAAUAAUGUAUGGUUAAGACUUAUUAAUAUCAUUUUAAUAUUUUGUUUUACUACUGGUAUAUUUUUCAGUUAAAACUUAGAACUUUCCAUCUAGAGCAUAUCAAUUUAAAUGUUAAUUAACUUUUGUACUACCAUAUGGGACCGAAUUAUAUGCUAUUGAGUUGACACCGGUUGUAAUUUCACAUGUGUUCUCUGGUCUUUAUCAUCCUUGAUACUGUCUGUUACAUCAGAAACAGCCAAAUCAACUGAUACGUAGCUCUACAGACUAAAUGUUGGCUUAUUCGCAUAAAGAUUUUGAUAUCUGGACGUUUUCUUUUAGUUAAAGAUGAUAAAUGUAUAUUAAUUUUUAAAAAAGAAAAUAGAUUUUCAGUAGUUUUUUUGUAAUUGUGUGUAUUUCUAUACAAUCAGCAUAUGUAAGUACUAUGAAAUAUUUUUUUAUAUUAAAUGUUUAUAUCAUUUUAUUGUUCAACAUAUGUAAUAAUGUAUAUUUUAUUUAUUUUUGUAAAUGUACAUGGUAUGUUGUCUAAAACUGAUUUUUAAAGAUUCAUAGUAAAAGCUGCUGAUGGUCAUUUAAAGGAUUUUAAACACCUUGCUCAGUUAUUAUCAGUCCAAAAAGCUUUCAAUUCCGUUCAAUAGUGACCAUUCAAAGAUAUGAAGUACUGAACAUUUCACAAUAUUCAUCAUCCUCUGCAAAAGACAUUUACAAGCUAGUGUUACGUAUAGAUGCUGGGUCAAAUCUUUUGAUGGGCCUCUUUCUGAUCCGAUAGGAGUUUAUCUGCCAUUGAAAUUUUGGUUUGAUUUUCCCUAUUAAAUGUCAAAGAUAGAUUAUGUAUGAUUUUGUUAAAGAACUGGCCGUUCAUGCUAUAAUAGUUGAAAAAUAGAUAAUGUAAAAUGAAUAUAUUGAAAAUUUCAUUCCAAUUACUUUAUUCUGAGCGAAGAAAUCACUGUUUGUAGUUUUGACAAGAUCUAUGCAUUGAUUGUUUAUUAUCCUAAGCACGGCACUGAUUAUUCAAGUCUUAGCCUCACUUCUCCAUUUUAAAAUUGAAUUAUUAAAUGACCGAACCGUUCUAAUCUACUUAAAAUCAGAGCCAUUCAAUGGCAUCGAGAGUUGAUUAUGGUCUUGUCAUUUUAAUAAACGUCUAAUUAAUAACAUUUAAGGCGUAAAGAAAGACUGCAAUAGGAAGAUUUAGCUCUUACAUAAUGUAUGUUUAAGUAAUCAAUUUCAGUAAAUUAUAGCAAUGAUUAAGCAUGAAAAGUUUGAUAUUAUCUGAAAUAUGUUAAUGACACUCAGCAGCUUUAAGAAAUAAUCUAAUUUAAACCAGUAUUAUCAAUGUUUGGGUUUAUUAUGAUAAAGUAAAAUGAAGUUAUUAUUUUAGAUUAGUCAAAUCAAACACUUACUUGAGAUACUCUAAUCAUAGGCCUAUACAUUAGAUGACAAAAUUUAAAAAUACUUUAAAUACAGAAGAAAGAUAUUGAAUAAUAAUUAUAAAUUUUUGAUGAUGAAAUAAUUUAUACACUGGGCUAUUUUUAUAUGUACAUAUUUGAAGUUAUAGAUUUGUUAUCCCCCAGAAUUGGUGAUAUACUCAUGUUAAAUUUUUGUAGCCAAAUACUACAUUGACCUGUCAGUUAUAUAAAUAUUAAUAUCAAAAAUAGAUAAAUUCAACAUUCCAAAAUAUAUAUGAGCUGCCCUAAUAUAAUAUGAUAUAAAAUUCUAUACUGGAUGAUGAUAAAAAAAAAUACUGGAUAAUAGAGUAAAUGUGUCUGUAUCAAAGAAGAAUGUACAGAUCAAUAUUGACAAAGUAAACAUUAGCACUGUAUAGGUGACCAGCAAUAAAUUUAGUACAUUGUGCCCUUAAGCCGAUUUAUCCUUGCUAUCCCACAUAAAAACGUGCCAAAAACAAUAUCAUUUAACCUUGGUAAUCUGCGUAAAAUCCCAGCGACUUUAAAUCUGGUAUAUUUGUCAUUGGUUUAAGUUGAUGACCAAAAUUAAAUCAAGGUUUCAUUCUGUGGAAAUUUGUAAGAAUUUAGGUUAUAUACGAGAUUUGUUUAUGUCGAGUUUUACCUCAGGUUGUAUUAAAACAUCACUAGUUAUAGAUGACCUUCACAGAUGUGUUGACAAGUAUUUCACACCGUUGUGAUGAUACACACUUAAAGGCUUAAAGCUGCUUAUUCUUAAAAUGCUAAAUGUUUGAUCCAUGGUACAAAUUUAUGGCAUUUGUGUCGGCAAACUGAAAGUUUAUAUUACUUGUGUCGGCAAAUUGAACGUUUAUAUUACUUGUGUCAGGAAAUUGAAAGUUUAUAUUACUUGUGUCGGCAAAUUGAAUGUUUAUAUUACUUGGGUCAGCAAAUUGAAAGUUUAUAUUAUUUGUCCUUUAUAUAAAUUACAUGGUUGUCAAUAAAGUUGUGAAUGCAUUUUUGUUCAUAUUUCGAUGUGCACAUUAAUCAUUAUUAUAUUAUUCAUUUGACUAUAUAUUACUAAGUAUAUGAAUUGUUAUAUUAAAAGGGUCACAUAAAAUAGGAGGAAUUACAAUCUGUUAUGUAUAAUCACAUAUUAUUUAUUUGCGAUUAUAUUUGAUGUAGAAAAAUAUGACAAUAAAAAUAUUGUGG